AUGGUUUCACAAGUGUUAUCAACAAAUAUAUAUUAAUUUUCUGAAAUGAGAAAUUCCAUUUGUUAACGAAAUCUUGUACAAAAUUUUGUUAUAGAUUCUGGAGUUUAUCGAGCGAAUGCUAACCAAUCAAUUUUGAUAACUCGAUAAUCUAGACUACCGUCUUUUAAGAAUCCGCCUCCAAUUUCAACUCCAUCAUCUCCAAAGGAGUAGAAAAAGAUGUGGAAAACAAACUUUGGCUUUCAAAACGAUAUAUCUUUUAUCUCUAAUCGGGAUAGAAGUCCCGAUCAAUAAAGUUAAAAGAAGAGCAACAGUCCUCAAUCGAAUUCCAUAACUCGCAAGCCUUUUUAAUUGUAGUUAGGAAUCGAUCAAUAAAUGUUGAACCAGCAUUCGAAAUCUAGGGAGAGGAGACCUUUGAGGAACUCCAUCUACUCUCGGCCGACAUCAAGAUUAAUAGAGGACUCCAGAACAACCCGUAUGCCAUCAACAGAUCCCGAAAUUAAUAAGAAUAAUUUUAAAUACCACUAUGUACUUGGCAAAGGAGGAUUUGGGAAAGUGUGGAGAGUUGAAUUGGUGAAAUCAAAGAAACUGUAUGCGAUGAAAGAGAUGAGUAAGGCUAAGUAAGAGAAAUGAACCUAUUAGGAUUAUGGCCAAGAAGUCCGUGAAUUCUGUAAUGAACGAACGAAUUCUCUUAUCACAGUUAAAACACCCUUUUAUAGCAAAUAUUCAUUAUGCCUUUUAGGAUCGAGAACAUCUCUAUUUGGUUAUGGAUUUGCUGUCCGGUGGAGACCUUCGAUUUCACAUUGGCAGGAUGAGAAGAUUUAGUGAAUAACAUACGAGUAAUGAAAGUAAUUUAAUUUUAGAGUUUAUAAUUUGCAGUAUACUAUUGGCUCUUGAAUACUUGCAUCAGAAUGGAAUUAUUCAUAGGGACAUAAAACCUGAGAAUAUUGUAUUGGACCGAAACGGAUAUCCAAGAUUGACUGACUUUGGGAUAGCCAGAGUCAUCAAAUCAGAUAAUGCUCAGGAAACUAGUGGCACUCCUGGUUAUAUGGGUAUUGUGUGUGUAAAUAUGCCAUUAUAGCUCCAGAAGUGAUGUUCAGAUAAAAUCACAGCGUAGGAGUCGAUCAUUUUGCUUUAGGAGUGAUGAUAUACGAAUUUAUGAUGGGCAAACGACCAUAUUUGGGUAAGUCAAGGAAAGAUAUAAGAGAUGCCAUUAUUGCUAAGUAGAUACAGCUGAAGAAAAGUGAUCUGCCUUUGGGGUGGACUUUGGAGGCAGCGGAUCUUAUAAAUUAAUUGCUUUAGAGGAAACCCCAGUCUCGAUUGGGAUUCAAUGGGACUCAGGAGAUCUAUGCUCAUUAAUGGUUUGCAGGAUUCCCGUGGAAGGGUUUGUAUGAGAAACAGUUGGCUUCUCCCUUUAAAUUGUCGAAAUCUUGCGAGGAGAACUACAUAAGAGAGAUUUCAUCGGAACAUGAUUCUUUGGAUCAAUAGAUUUAAGAGAAUUCUAUUUUACUGAGACAAGAGACCGUUCAGAAUUUGUUCUAAAAUUAUACAUACAUGAAGGAAUAGCAAGUCACAAUUAAGAGAUUUUGA